AUGAUUAAUGAUGUAUCAUCUGAAUGUGAUUCAAUUGAUGAAGAAAAUCGAAUUACACGACGUUCAUCAGAAUCAUCAAAUUAUAUUAUCCUGCCAACAAUUAAUAUGCUGAAGCCUAAUUCAGAACUGCCUACAAUCCCAUUGAAUAAAUUAAUGUCGAAUGCAGGAGUAAUGGAUGAUUAUUUUGCUCAGUAUAAAAUUACAUCUAAACAAUUUCCUAUUGAAAGUGAUGAAAUUGAUUGGUCUACAGAAAAGUUAAUUGAAUCCAAACACAUACAGUCUAUUCAUUCACCAAAUGAUUUAAAGGUAUAUAACAAUUUAAAACAUUUAAAAACAUCAACAUAUCCACGUUUUGAUGACAAAAAUGAACUUAGUAAAGGACUUAUUCGACGUAGAACACUACCAGGAUUUUUAACUCAACCUCCAGUGGAUUUAAAUAGAUAUGCUAACUUACCAGUACUUCAAGAAAAUGGAAUCACGAGUGGGAAAAAUUCAUAUAACCUUGACUAUGAUCAGUCGAAAUCGAUACAUGAUAGCUGGAACUCUCAAGGUGAUAAUUCAAGACAUAAACUAUCCAAUUUCGAUGAAAACCACAUUAGUGUUGAUCAUGAAAAUGUAUCCAACUAUCCAUUAUCUCAUGAUACAUCUAUAAUUUAUUUAGUAGAAAAUGGGAUUCGUAAAAGAGCCCGUGCUUAUAAUUCUAAUUCACCACAUGGUUAUUCACCUUCCACUCCAUCACCGCCUUUUUCAAUUUCUGAAACGAAAGCAUUCUCAGGUGAAAUGAGCACAUCUUCAAAGCCUAUAACUACAUUUCCUGUGCAAUCAGAUUCAUCGCACCGGUUAGAUAAUUCCAGUAUGAUGAAUAAAGAUAUUAAAACCUCAUUAGGAAAUAAAGUUGUAUGCAAACCAUCUUCUCUGAGAGUCAAUCAACAGAAACGAUCUCCUCAACGUUAUACACAGUCCCCUUUAGUUGUUGCUAAUGUUCUACUGGAAGAUCCUCAAGAUCAAUUACCACAAUUGCCGACAUAUUUUAAAGAAUCACAACUUGAUUUAUGCCAGGUUGUCAGGAAAAUUGAAAAAGAACUAAAUAUACUACUAGUGAACAAAACGGGCAGUUAGAAGCCGCUGAUCUGCAGAUUUCCUCUAAAUGGUUAGAUCAGUGUGGUCUAAACAUCGGACAGCCGUUUCAUUCAUUUCAAGACCAGCCAACUCAUCAACGGUGUACCUGGAAAAAUUCAAUUCAUCAAGCCAAAUUACAUUAGAUCAUCUAAAUCUAGCUGGCUGACUCUCAUGAACCAAUAUGCCUAAAACAGGAUGAUCAAUUUGCAAAUGAUAUCCAACUUACACGGUCCACGUUGACAUUUUUAACAACCGUGUAGUUUUUCAACCGCCCAACUCUGAUACCCGUCAACAAGCUUUCUGCUAGAAACCAUCCUGUACCUAAAACCACAAUGUGUGAGUGAUCGUUGAAACAAAUAUCAUGAAGUAUUGACAUAUACUAGUUGUGAGGAAAUCGAUUAGUUAGAAACCAAUCAGGCUGAUCUGAUCUGGU